AUGGCAGUGUUCAUCCACAGCUUGUCAUCACUUAUCUCUUCAAUAACCUCCAGCACAGGUCAGGGGCAGCACAAAGACCCACAGCAGUCCCCAGCUGCCGGACCCUCCCCCAGGACCCCCCUCUCCACUCUACGACAGGCGCGUGAAUGGGAGUGUGCCUCUGCUUCACCCCCCAAACCUCCCCUGCUGGAGGGUCUGGAUGAGGGCCAUGAGGACAACAGCGCCCUCUACCUCUGA